CCCAGAUCCUUGGAUAGUUAGAGACCUGCUAAUCCACGGAUCGCCACAAGAUUCGCCUCGAUCGCCUGGGUCCACUGACAAUGAAGUUUUGCAGCAUGAACGGCCCAAGUGAAUCGGAAGUUGAAAGCCUGCUGAUGAGUCCGUGCUGGGGUCCCCCGCAGACCUCUGGCCAGGAUCAGUACCUACUCGAUGGUCACAAGCUGCUGCUGGAGCACGACCUGGACUCCCUGCAGAGUGACACGGAUCAGAAGAACUCGCUGGAUGUGCUGGAUAACCUCCUGCUGAAUGGUUCCACAUUGAAUGGACUGUCGGAUUUGAAGCCCCUGCCGCCAUUUACUGGCUAUACGGGUCACCUGUCGAUAAACGGUAUCUCCGGACACCACUACCAUGCCAUUGCUCAAAGGCUGCCCGAUGAGAGCAACAACAACUACAUGCAAAGUGCCUACCAGGCCCAGAACCAGGCGAAUCCCACGUCCACAACGCAGUCGAAUGCGGGUGUCGGUGGAGGCAGUAGUGGCGGGAACAACAGCAACGCCAGCAACUCCAAUUCUAAUGAGCACAACAUAGUCUCAUCCUCCACCUGCCUGCCGGAAAGUGUCCUGAGUGGCAAUGCAGGAGGAGGUGGAGCGGGAGCUGACGCCUGUCUGACGGACGUGAAGCUCUUCGCCGAUAGUCAACUAGAUUCUAAGCUUUACUCCGUGGCCGAUAGCUGCGUAAUGAACGGCGGAUCGGCAAACGGAAACGGCAAUGGAGCCGGUCCCAGCAUAGCCACGUUAACACCCAUCGACCAAGUGGCCGAUUCCCUGCAUGGUAGUGGUGUCAGGAUCUACAAGGAUCUGACAGAGUACGUGGACAUGAACUCCAUUGACGACAUAGCCGCAAUUAUUGGUUCUGCCAUUGCGGAUACCACGGUGCCAAAUCAGCUGGACAAGGACGAUGGCAACGACACACGGGACAGUUGGAUGGACCUGGAUGCCUGGAUCGACGGCAAUUGCAUACAGCAGGAGUCGGCAAAGGUACUAGUGUCGCAGCAGGACUCCCUGGCGGACUUUAUGCUGCCCCACAGCCCACUGCCCAUGCAUGCCAGUAGUUCGACGCUCCAAAGCCUGCUGAGUCACGGAUAUAUGCCGCUGCUGCAUAAUCGCCUGCAGAACGGACCGCCCAACUCCGGCGGCUCCAGCCAAGGCGGGCCGGGCGGCAAGGGAGAGGCCCAGGCGCCCACAUCUACCUCAUACUGUAACGAGCUGGCGGCGGCUACCAGCAGCAGCUGCAGCCCCCCAGGAUCGGUGGUCAGCACCACGGACAACCCCAACGGCCUGAUGAUCAAUCCCCGCUAUCUCAGCAAUCCGACAGCCAACCAGCCCACGGGGAAUCCCCACCAGCAGGGCGGCUAUUCCAUGCCCAAUUCCGGUCUAUCCCUCAAGGAUAAUGGCCUCUGUUCGCCGGAUCUUCUCGGAAACUACCCACACACCACAACGGCCAGCACAACGGGGGCGGAACUGCGAACUGGGACGCCAAAAGCCAAGCGAUCGCGCUCCCAAAAGAAGUCCAGCCAACAGCACCAGCAGCAACAACAACAACAGCAACAACAGGAUGGCGGUGGUCCACCCACCACUGCCCAAAUGAGCGCCAUCUCGCCAUCCGGCUUCAGUGCCAGCGACUUAAGCGGUCUGCUGGGCAAGGAGAAGCCUGUGCAUCGGUGCAGCAUCUGCAACAGGGGGUUCCUCAACAAAUCCAACAUUAAGGUGCACCUUCGCACCCACACGGGCGAGAAGCCCUUCCGCUGCGACGUCUGCGCCAAGGCCUUCCGCCAGAAGGCGCACCUGCUCAAACAUCAACAGAUACACAAGAGAAUUGGGCGUGACUGACGCUCCCCAAGGAGCUCCAUUUUAUGGCCGAGCAAUAAGAGUAGCAUACCGGGCUGGGAGUCCAUGCCAGCACAGAAAAAGUUAUCCAUUCAUAGAGCCUUGGAAGCAAGUUCUUUGUGAUUACAAAAAAUACAAUACUUUCUGUGUGAGGGAGUCGCUUUCUGUCCCAAGGAAGUGCCUCCUGUUGGUUGGAUUCCACCUGUUUCUCUGGGUGCGUGUGUGCCAGUGCUGGGCCAGGCUAAUAUCGUUAAUAUCUGUUCGAUAUUUGGUUAUUAGCUCCUAUAUAUCCGUUGGAAUAUAUAGAAUACAAUUUUUGAAUAGGUCACGCAGUGGCAUACACACACCAUUUGAUAUUCGUUGUUGUUGGUUGCUUUUGAUCUCUUUGCUUAAUGGUUAUUAGUCAAAAUUAUAGGAAACUUUUCAAUGCGUUAGGAAAAUUAUCAAAAAAUUGCUAUGACAUUUAAUAGUUUAUUAAAUGAAAGCGUUCAAGUAUGUAGGCUUUAACUAAGUUAGCAAAAUCAUUAUUUAAUUCAUCAAGUUAAUACCAUACCCGUCCAGUUCAUAGCUUUUGGUUAGGAGUUUUGUGAGGCUAGCGAAAGAUCAACCUACUACCUCCAAACAGGCAAUUAAAGUAUAGAAUACCUGAGGUAUAAACUAUAUUAUCACCAAUAUCCUUUCGCAAUCCGAUGAGCCAAAGGAACCACAAGCAAUCUAAGAACAACGAAGCGUCCAAUUGUCAUUCUGCAACUGUUGUUCUGUUUUGAUGCAGGGUCGCGUGCUUCGAGCAUCCAAGGUCCUGGCACAGGUAAUAAUUAAUACUUUAAUCUAGACAAUAGUACCAGUUUAAGAGGAAGUGGAAGUUGUAUAAAGUUUCAUAUAUUGUCUUUACCUCAUCAUGUUAGAAACUGAAAAAGUGACGCAUACAAAUUAUAAUUUAAAUUAAACGCAAAACAAGAAAGCAAUAACAAUUUUAAAUUAAAUACUUUAAUAUGUACAAACCAAUGGAAAAUUGAUAAUUUUAAAACAUAAAUUAGUGUAAAAACUCGUAGCGGGCUUGGCAAAAUAUUAUUCAUAAUAAUUAUCUUGCAAACAAAAAAAUAAAGCAUAAAAAGAAAUAGUACUCAAGUAAUAAAAUCAAUUAAAUUUAGCUAAUAUCGUUGUUAAUUUGUUUUUUAAAAAGUUUGUUGCUAAAGUUUUAAAGUUAAUAUUAAUAUUAAAUUAUUUUCGAUAUACCCGAAAUUAUUUAUCCUUAACCCACUCAGCACAAGAAAACCAUCAAUUGAAUAAACUCUAAAAUAAUUUAAUGCUAGCAUAAAAAUAUAAUUAAUUUCUAUAAACAAAAGGAGACAAUAUUAAUUGUGUUAUUUUAGUUAUCGUGCAAUUUUAUUUAUUUUUACAAAAGCAAACUUGAAUUUUGUUCAACAUAUUUCGAUUUGUAAAUAUUUAUUUCCUAAUUGUAAUGAUUAUUAUUUAAUUAAUUAUAUUUAAAUAA